AUGACGGGAGACAGCACCAGUGAGGUUUCAGUAUCCUGUUCCUCCAGAGAUGACACGGCCAGUAUGAGUCCGGCCAGCUCCAGCCCAGAGAGCUGUGUGGCGGGGGGACCGGGGGCCCGGGGGAUCAGAGAUCAGGGGGCCCACGGCAGCUGGAGCCCUGUAGAGGACCCCACACAAGGGGCCACCGCAGGAGAAGGAGAAGGAGGAGGAGAGACAGAGGAGGAGGUGAAGGACAGACUGACGGAGGUGCCACGGCGCCCUGCUAAACAUCGUCCCAGCAUCCGGUCGCUGUCCCCGUUCAGACGCCACAGCUGGGGACCCGGGAAGAACACAGCAGGAAAGGGAGACAUGAACCAACGCAGCUGCAGCCUGGAGGGCCUGAGUGAAGUAAGGCAUGAUGGGAAGGGCCCGUCGGCCCGUGGGGUGUUCUGUCACCAGGGCAGCAAGGAGGAGAGGGGGGUGUCCCUAGUAUCUCUGACAGAGGAGUCUGAGCUGGGGGCUUGCUCCACGGAGCAUGGACAGAAGUCCAGGAGGUAUCGUCCGUUGAGACACAGCUGUCCUCCCAUGACCCUCCCCCUGACCAAGUCAGUGUCUAUGCUCAACAUCAACCAGCGAGAUAUGGAUA